GUCAAUCAGAGGAUGGAGAGGCAGUACACACGGUGACAGGCUGCAGGUGACCAGAGUAGGAUAGUCAUACGCUUAUCAGGAUGUAACCUCUCAACAGUCCGUCACUUUCUCUGGUUGUAAUAGUCAUUGCGGAUUGGUAAUUCUCGACAGGAGAAGAAAACAAAACGGCAUGUGUACUAAUCAAUAGGAUAUGGUGUGUAUGGUAUAUCUGGUACGACUAACCAAGUGAAAAUACCGCUUCAUUAAAACAGUGUGUCCGAAUAUUGGAAUGAUACAUCGCCAGGAGUAACAGGAAACGUUUCUCCCGUUAAAGAUAACAUGGAGAUGUUGGGCCGGUUCUGUCGCGCGAUCGUCAGGAGGAAAACCAUUGAUAACAAAACCCUGAAAGAUUCACGACUCAAAAGGGGACUGAACAUCUUCGACCUGGUUGGGAUAGGCGUUGGAGGGUCUCUAGGUAUUGGAGUAUACGUCAUAAUCACACAUGUUGUCAAACAUCAGACCGGACCUUCCACUGUGCUGUCUGUAUUGUUUUCCGGUGUGGCGGCCCUUUUAUCAGCCAUUUGUUACGCUGAGUUCGCCAUGCGCCUACCUCGCGCAGGCGCCUCUUACCUGUACACGUACGCCGUGCUCGGGGAGCUGUGCGCCUUCACUGUUGGGUGGACCAUGGUUCUGGAACACAUCAUAGGUGCAGCCGCUGCAGCCAAGGCUUGGGGCCAAUACCUGAACGUACUAAUGAACGGUACAGUCCAUAGAUAUUUCGAGGAACAACUUCACUGGUCGUUGGGUCCAGGGGCGUCAGAUAGUCCGGAUGUUGUCGCCUGUGCUCUCGUCAUUGUCGCCCUAAGUAUAGUUAUUGUUGAUGUCAAGGUGUCCGCUGUAGUGAGCUGCAUCUUUACCUUCCUUAACGGACUCGUCAUCUUGUGUUUGAUGUGUGUCGGCUUUUUCCACGUACGACACGAGAAUUGGACGGACCCCCCGGGAUUCUUUCCCUUUGGCUUUUCAGGGGUGGUGAGUGGGGCGGGGACGCUAUUCGUGGCCUUCUCGGGCGUCGAAGUGGUGGCGAGCAGCACAGAGGACACAAGGGAACCUCUCAAGGUCACAGUCAGCGCAAUAUUUACCACAAUGGCCGUCUGCUUCGCCACAUACUUUGGAGUCACGUGCGCCCUGACCUUGGCCUACCCAUGGAACAAACUCACGGACGAAGUGGCACUACCAUUGGCCUUUGAGGCUAGAAACAUAGACGGAUCUAAGUACGUAAUUGGAAUAGGCGGGAUAUGUGGUCUCAUAGCGUCUACACUUGGCUGUUUGUUCGCCGUUCCCAGAAUUCUUUAUGCAAUGUCAAACGACAAAGUUAUAUCAAAGUGUCUCGGACACAAUCCUGUUUGUAAAAGGAAUACGGGCAUAUCCUGUUUCGGUAUAGUGUUUGGAGGAAUAGUGUCGGCAGCAUUCGCCACGUGUUUUUGUCUGGAAGUUCUGAUCGAGAUGAUGGCGAUCGGCACACUGCUAUCAUUCUCUAUGGUGUCCCUGUGUGUGUUAUGUCAGCGAUACCAGCCUGGACAUAUCGGCUUGUACCAGGAGUAUGAUUCCAUGGACGACAGCCGAUAUAUGCAGUGUACAGAAUUCGUGUACGAUUUACCGUACACUUCCGGUAGUUGUUCCACGGAUACGCCGCCCAAGCGUAAAAAUCGUCCGCCACAAAAUUUAUGUGAAGGAACAGAAUCUCAGCCACUCACAGGCGGUGUGCAAAGAGGUAUGACGUAUCAAAAAAUGGAAAGCGUCGUCAAGACAACGCCGUCCGGAAGCAUCAGUAGUCUGUUCCAGAUUCCCAACGAUAUUCCUCUGGAACCGACAAGUCGGACGCUACGGACAGCCUCCAUAGCUCUUGUUGUUUAUAUAGUAUCGUGCCUGGUGCUAGCCUUGUUUGUUAAACUUGCCGGAUGUUACGUCACAAAUGUGUCAUGGUGGGCUUUAAUGGUAAUACUUUGUUGUGCAGUUUCCUUGAUAACAACGACAAUUUUAAUUACCAAACAGCCACAGAACCAGACCCGACUGAUAUAUCGGGCCCCUUAUGUUCCCUUUGUGCCACUGACGUCACUGCUGCUGAAUAUUUUCAUGAUGACGUCAUUAUCAUAUACGGUGUGGAUGCGUUUUUCACUCUGGUUACUUUUAGGUUUAUUUCUCUACUUUGUACACGGCUACCAUUCUAGUGCGGAGGGUAUUACGGACGAACAGGAAGUAGUAUUAUAUGCAAUAGGCGAGCAAGAGGAAAAUUAAACCACUGGUUUAACGAGAGAUGAGAAGUGUAGAUCGCCUGUCGUGGUAUGAUUCUGGACCGGAAUACGCUAUCACACCAAUCCGUGCAGGUGUGGGGACAGAGAAUGUAUUGUAUACCACAAUGGCCAAUUCCAGAAGGGUACAGACACUGAUGAAUUUCGAAACUUGGAUGGAUAAAGAGACUUAGUGGUGGUAUUACCAGUAACAGUACAGUAUUUUUGUGCCAAAGAUCUGGUUCAAGGAAUUUAUUAUUUCUUGUAUUUUGCUUCUAUUUACUUUUUAUACCUAAAGUAGAAACUUUAAGUUCGACUCAGGCUUUUAUUAUUAUUAUUAUUAUUUCUGUGCCAUUUUGUAACAAAAUUCACGACGUUAGCUUUACAUACAUCAUAUUAUCAUCAAUUGAAAACAGAAUUAAAUUAAAUAAUUACGUAAUGGAAUCGGAAAAGGGUCGGACAAUUUAUAAGAACCAUCCGUUCAUGGUAUCGGAAAUGGGUCGGACAAUUUAUAAGAACCAUCCGUUCCCUUUAAGGAUAUGCAAUAAGAUAUAUGAGAAUGGGUUGGAUGUUUUCUACUUCAGUUUAAUUUGUGAGAUUAUUUUCACCAUAACUCUGCUUUUAUAUAAUAACUUAGAUAACAUAGUGAUAGAAAUAGAAAUAAGCCUUAGUCAUGUUGAAGUUUUUAAGUAAAUUCCACUGCAUAACACAGGAUAAGAUUCUGAAGCGACCCUGCUGUAAUCGCCUUGUACCAUUAGAACAUUCAGGCCUUAUUAUUUGGUUGUCCAGUGUCCCCUUAACAGGACAUAGCGAAAUUAUACCCCCGAUGUGGGGUGUGGUGGAGUUGGUUUGGGAUGUGGGAGGGGGUGGAGGGGGGGUGCAUGCACAUGACAGCAGGCAGCGAGAUACAGCAGGCACAUUCAUAUUCUUCACGCGCCCCUGUACGGGUUAUAUGAGCAAGAGUUGUGCUUUUUGUGUCAACCAGAUGCCGUGCAAAUGAGCUUUGUAACUUUUGAAACACCAUAAUGACGUCACGAUGACUACUUGACAUGGCCUCUGCAUACAGAAUGAGACGGUAUACGUCGUAGUUUAACUAAUUAUUUUGUUUUUUCUAGUUCAUCUGUAAAUUGAUACUGACCAGCCUUGUGCUUGGCUAGUGUGAUUUGUACAAUGUGUAAAUACAUAUAUAUCUAUUUUUGUAUGCGAUGAUGGCGCAACAAUUCAUAGUUACAAAGUAACACUAUUCAAUUAGAAUACAUUCUAAGGUUUAUGUUGGAAUAUUUGUUUAAGAUGUAUAUACACUUCAAACAUGAAAUAUCGACGAAUCUGACGUCACGUGACGUUUCUGUGUCAAUCUAAUUGAAAUUAGACAUGAAGAGCGGAAAUUACAAGUCUAAUUUUAAUUGUAUUGUUUUUGGGUAGAACGUUUGUCACCGUGUUUUUCCCGUAUAAAAUAUUUAUUGUAUUUAAACCUGAUGACAGCUUUGUAACAUAAUAUACGUUUACUACAGGUGAAUAUAUAGAAUUUACAUACUGUAUGUAUUAAAACAUGUAAUACUGGAUCCAAAAGGGAAAUUACACCUUUUAAAGUACAACAAUUUCGGCAAUUAUUCAGUCAUGCAAAAUUUUGUAAUUUUGUCUGAAGUAUCCCAUAGUUCAACUCUAAACAAUACUUACCGGAUGAUUAUAUUUCAAGAGCUUGUAAUAAUAGCAUUAUCCUCUGUUUUAUUUUCCAGUGUAAAUAAUCAUGGACGAGACAAGUUCAGAAAACGUCGUCAUAUCCGUUUGGCAUCCUCUCCAAUCUAACUGUAACAAAUCUCAGGAUGAAUCGUUUUAUUUUGUAAAACAUGAAUUGAUGGUAACUUUGGUUUUCCUGAAGUCUUAUUGGAGAGGUAAACACGACAGCAAUCGUUACCAAUGUCAAUACGUUAUUAUAUACUGUCAAUAAUUAAGCAAGAUGUACGCUAUGACAUUUAUUGCUUGUUAAACUGUCACCACCAAAACUAGCUGCUACAUGAUAUAGUAAGUGUUCAAAGGGAGAGCACUCCGAUAACUUUUAUUCCAGUUGAGUUUAAAUGAAAAUCAAGCGGUUUAACACACUUUUUUUUUUGCUGUUUGUUAACGGACUUGGAAGGUACUCCAGUGAAAACAAUGCAUUGAUAUCAUUUCGUUGAAUUAUUUCUUUUCUGUAAUGCAAUGCAACUCGAGGGUAAUUUGUUGAGGGAAAAAAUGUCAUAUAUACUAAGUAUAAACCAGAUUCCAUGGCGUAUGAAGACUUCAUUGUGGGGUGAUUACGUAGCUAUUCGUUAAUGCUCGGGUGUGGUUGGAUUAACGAGAACUUUGUACUAUUCAUACAUUGUUAAUAUGUUCAUUCCAUUUGUCUAUAUCAUUGAAUAAAAUCUACAAUAGCGGAUGAUAGCUAAUA